ACGUUUCCAUUAAACGAAUUUCCGGUAAUUUCUUUAGCUCGAUCUUCGAGUCGGAGCACGAAAGUGACGUUGACGAAACGAAGCAAUUUUUUCCUAUAUAUUCUUAGCGUCUAAUAAGACACGUUUUAGAAAAUUUAACGAGAGAAGAAAUUUGAACAGCUGCUUAAAGUGUUUUCAGAUGGAUAAACAGCUAUCGAAUAUAAACAUUUUGACAAAUUUAAUCGCACGUUUAUUUCUCUCUUUCUUUUUUUUUUUAUAAGACAUUUAAGUUUUAAGGAUCGCCGAGCGAUGCUCUUUCUAUCUCAUUACUUUAUUAUAUUAUGAAAUUUAUCUAACACAGGCCCAUUUUAUUUUUAUAAAAGAGUCGGCUGACAGACGGGAUCGAGAAAGGUCAAUUUGAUGAGUCGCUCGGUAGCUUGUGAUAAGGGAUUCUCCCUAUCUCUGUCUUUUUCUUUGUCUGCCAAUACUUUUUUUCGUGCACACGCUCGUAAACGAGAGAGAGAGAGAGAGAGAGAGAGAGAGAGAGGAGAGGGAGACGGAGUAUAUUCAGAGAACUUCCUCUUUAUCGGUGCCUUGGAAAAGGUCAAGUCGUUCGUGCAAGGUUGAAGCACGCGUCGUUGGAAGCCACGUUGGCUCCUGCUAUCCGAGAUCCUACCAAUCGUAAAGCGAGUCUUCUUUUUAGCUGUCUUCCCGCCAAAGCGCGAACGAUCUCCCCCAGUAAUCGAUCGCUCCGUUUUCUAGAAGCACAUGCUUCUCAAAAGCUCUUUUUCGUUUCUUCUCGUAAAAGUCUCUUAUUUAAGAUCACAGAUACGUUCUACUCGCUGGAGAAUCACGCUCUCUUAUCCGUGAUUUUCGAAUAUUUGGAAAUUCCAUUCGAUCGAUCGAGUCGAACGAGCACGCGAUUACCUUGUACAUACAGCUCGGCGUAUUAAUCGUUGGUGUUCAAUCAGGAUGUGGAUGUCGAUAUUAAGCGGGCUUGAGACGUUCGUUAGCGUUUACGCUGCCGACAAAGUUGUAUCCGAAAGCGUUAACGAUGCGGAGGAAAGUCAGACAGCGGAUUUCGAUGGAUCACUGCCCAACACUCAACAGCUGCUCGAGAUGCUCGAUUCGAUUACCGGCAUGUCCGAGGAAGAAAAGGCCGACUUGAGGGCAGAUUUGAUGAAGGAUAUUCAAGGUCGUGCCUCGGACGUACAACAAAUGCCAACUCGCGAUCUCGUCGAUCAAACCUUCAUUUUGUUGUCCUUGCUCGCCGUCGUGGCUCUCAUUUUUGUAUUCUUCAUUUAUAAACUUUUCAAAUGCUUGAGGGAGCGCGAGCAGAAGAGAGAAGAGAAAAAGAAGAACAAACAGUUGAAGAAGAAAAAGUAAUCGAGGAUUUUCGAAUCCUACGACGAAACGAGUCGACUGGAACGAGAGAGUACAAAAAUCCUGCUUUCUACCGAAUAAAAGUAACGAUUUAUACGAAAAAUGCGUUGUUACGUUGCUUUACGUAAGCAAUCGUUUACGGUCUCACGUGUCAAAUGAUCAAGUCAAUUGAGAUUUUAUUGUCAUUAUUAUGUUUUGUUAAAUAAAGUAAUAUAUUUAUGAAUA